AUGUGCACGGAACGUCUAAGAUCGUUUUUUAGCCAGUGGAGAUUGUGGAUACGGCCAUUCUUUAUUGCAACAUAUAUUUUAUUAGUAAUUGUAUUAGUGCCAACACUUAUUGUACAUGCUUUAGAAAAUGGUUUCACUAAGUCAGAUCAAGGGACAUUGGUUGCCGGUGGGUUUGUCCUGCUUGCUAUGCCAAUAUCUAUCUGGCAAAUUACACAACACAUAGUCCAUUAUACUAAACCAUCAUUACAGAAACAUAUUAUAAGAAUAUUAUGGAUGGUACCAAUUUAUGCUUUGAAUGCAUGGCUUGGACUGGAAUUUCCCGAACAGUCAAUUUAUAUGGACUCUUUAAGAGAGUGUUAUGAAGCCUAUGUGAUAUACAAUUUCAUGAAGUAUCUUUUGAAUUAUUUAAAUGAUGGAAAUGACUUGGAGGCAUCUUUGGAGUUAAAACCACAAGUGUAUCACAUUUUUCCUUUAUGUUGUCUAGCACCUUGGGAAAUGGGCAGCGAAUUCAUACACAACUGUAAGCAUGGAAUACUACAGUACACACUAGUACGACCACUAACGACAGUAAUAUCUAUGAUCUGUGAACUCAGCGGUGUAUACGGUGAAAGUGACUUUAGCCCAAACGUUGCUUUCCCCUACAUGAUAGCUAUCAACAAUUUGUCCCAAUUUGUUGCUAUGUACUGUUUAGUACUUUUCUACCGAGCUAACAGAACAGAGUUAAAACCAAUGAAACCAAUUGGAAAAUUUUUGUGCAUAAAGGCUGUUGUUUUCUUCUCAUUCUUUCAAGGUGUGAUUAUCAAUAUUUUGGUAUACUGUGGAGUUAUAUCGACAAUAUUUGAUAUUUCUGAUAAGGACAAAAUAAAGAUAAUGUCUUCCAAAUUACAGGACUUUCUUAUUUGCAUAGAGAUGUUCAUAGCUGCAAUUGCCCACCACUACUCUUUCUCCUACAAACCAUAUGUGUCUCCACUUGACCCUUCACCUUCUUGUCUCGGCUCAUUCUUAGCUAUGUGGGAUGUUUCUGAUGUUAAAAGAGAUAUAUCAGAGCACCUGGGUGUUGUCGGGAGCUCAUUUAGCAGAAGAUUACGUGGAAAAUCAAUGUAUCACAUGACGCGGGGCUGUGAUGAGAGUUCGAGACUAGUUAAUGAACAAGUCCCAUCGAGUUCAGCACCAGCCUUAACUGUGGAAGCCACAGAACCACCUUCCGUUGAAGUACGGCCGUCUGUCUACGGAUCAUUAGAUAAUACAAUGGCUACUAGUUCAAUGAACUCGGAAACUGACCCUUUACUUGACAUGUCUGACGAUAAAACCGACCCAAAAGUGUAA